UAACCAAAAACUAACCAAAAAUUUUAUUCAUCUUAAUGUUGAAAUUUUUUUUUAAAUAUAUAACACACACAAUAUUGUAAACAUGAUUAAAUCGUUUAUAUAGAUCUUACAACUAAUUAAUGUUAAACAUGUCGUGUAAAAAUGCCUCUGAUCUCAUUACAACAUAAGGCGAUAAAAUAUUUUAACAAAAAUAACUAACUGUAAAUGCUAUAAACGAUCGGUUCACAUAAUUGAAUAAGCAAAAAGAAUUCGAUCUCAAAAUAAAACGAGAAAAAAAAAAAAAAAAUGAUUGAAUUUAAUGCACAAGAUGAGGCCAAUAUCGAAUUAUUAGAGAAAUUAAAACAUUUAGAUGUGCGUUUAGAAAACACAAAUAAAUCGAAUAGUUUAUGCAAAACCGCCUGUUGGAAGUCAUUGAAAUGGAAAACAGCCCUCAAUCACAUUGGAUUAUUGGUAUCGUUAUCCAUUUAUUGUGCAGUCGGUGGUUUGAUAUUUCGUCAUUUGGAACGGCCAGCCGAGAUUGAACGUUUAGCUGAAUUGAAAACUAUAGUGAAAACGGAGAGAGAACGUUUCGUUAAUGUGAUAUUAAAUAACACAGACAUUAACAAUUUGAAUGAAUUGCUAAAAUUUGAAUUAAGUAAAUACGAAGCGGCAAUACAGGAAGCUGCCGAGGGUGGUCUAUUAAUUGAAGCAGAUAGAGACUUUCCCGAACCCUAUGAACGUUGGAGCAUAUUGCAAGCUGUGUUCUUCUCCUCAACCGUUUUAACUACGAUAGGUUAUGGCAAUAUUGUGCCAGUGACAACAGGCGGCAGAGCAUUUUGCAUAUGCUUCGCAUUAAUAGGCAUUCCCUUUACGCUAACCGUGAUAGCGGAUUGGGGACGUUUAUUUGCGACAGCUGUCUCUGUUUUAGGCAAAUAUCUACCAAAAGUACCGAGUUUGACUAAAUUUAUUGGGAAAACAUGGUUUUAUGCUCUAUCUGCCGUAUUAUUUUUGUGCAUAUAUUUAGCUGCUGGCGCCGGUUUAUUGCUACUCUGGGAGGAUGAUUGGUCAUUUUUUGAUGGUUUCUAUUUUUGUUUCAUAACCAUGACAACAAUUGGUUUCGGUGAUUUGGUACCAAAAAAACCAAAUUAUAUGCUUCUAUGCACAUUAUAUAUAUUAAUUGGAUUGGCGUUAACUUCUACUAUCAUUGAGUUGGUACGACGUCAAUAUGCCACAAGUUGGGCAAAGUUGCAAGAACUUUCCGGUCCAAUGGCAGAAACUUUAAGACGCUUAGGUGAAACUGCUGGCACUGGCCUAGAUUAUGCAGCUCUACAAAAAGUAUUAACGGUUUCAAUGCCGAAAUGGAAUACAUUGCUGACACGUAAGGAUCCAAGUAAUGCGGAUAUAGCAGCAUUAGAAGCCUUAACGAAUGCAAUAUUAAAAGAAGUUAAAGAAGUCCAAAAUACAAAACCGAAUGUUUUACAAAUUGUCAUCUAUGAAUCAUCUGUGUAGUCUGUGUAGUUUUUAAGUUUACAAGCAAUUGAAAAAAAAUGUGUGUUUGUGUAUCUAUCUAUCUAUCUAUCUAUCUAUCUAUCUAUCUAUUUAUGUAUACAAGUAUGCAUGUGAAUAUCGUUAUGUAUGUGCGUAUGUGUGUGUUUGUGUUUAUUAACAUUAAUAUAUCUAAUAACAAAAAUUAUUUAAAUUAGCAUAUUUUUAGGCUUAAAAAGUUAUAUAUUAUAAAUUUUAUAUCUGUAGUAGCAGAUUACACUUAAGUACGCCGUUUCACUUAAGUAACAGUAUAUUUCGCGUUUUCAAGUAUUUGAAUAAAAAUUUUUAAGAGCGAAGGUCUUCAAAUAAUCGGUUAAACCCCGAUAAACCAUUAUACCAUGGCUUACAUGUAUGUAGUAAAAAUGAACAAAAAAUUUCCAUAGUUGGUCAAGAGAAAAGUUAAAUGAUUGCCAGAUAAUAACAAUGUUAAUCGCAAAAACUACCUCUCGCCAUUCUUGAUUAGAAUUAAUUUGCUUAAAGAGGGAAACCGUUGUACAUUUCCACAGCAAAAACAAUUUGUUAUUGUCUGGCUUAAUGCAUUUGGAAGCGGAGGGGGAAAAAUGCGUUAUCUGAAAAAACCGGAUGACUUUGUUUGCAAUGACCAAAGGACCCAUAAAUUUAUUCUUUCGAUAGACAAAAGCGGCCAUCACAUCAUUUUAAGUUAACGCUGAUUGUGAUUUUGCCAUCAAAAAGCAAUCUCUUAUCAAUGCAUGGAAUUGCAAUUCCCUAGCAGCUAGUAAGCGUCACUUAAAGAACGGUCGGCAUUUCGCGCAAAAAUCCAUAUUAACCAGAUAUUAUAUCGAUCUGUCAAUAGUGCUGCCAUAUAUGUAUCAGAUUGGAAAGUCAUUGAGUGAUGUGUUAGGUAAUAUUAUUAAAAACAAAACGUAAAGUAUGUCACUUCUUUUUAUUAUUUACAUCUGAAGGUACAUUUAUUUCUAUAUUUCAAUGAUAAAAGCGUUUCACAUAAAACGAAGCAAAACCAUGGUAGAAACAGGAAAUGAAUUCCAU